ACAACUCCAUCAUGAAGUGCGACGUCGACAUCCGUAAGGACCUGUACGCCAACAACGUACUCUCCGGCGGUACCACCAUGUACCCCGGUAUCGCCGACCGUAUGCAGAAGGAGAUCACCGCCCUUGCCCCCUCGACCAUCAAGAUCAAGAUCAUCGCUCCACCCGAGAGGAAAUACUCCGUAUGGAUCGGCGGAUCUAUCCUGGCCUCACUGUCCACCUUCCAACAGAUGUGGAUCUCCAAGCAGGAAUACGACGAGUCCGGC